AUGCGUGAGCCGGCCUUCCUCGUUGAGCCACGGAGGCGGCAAUUGCUGGACUUUCUGAUGAAUGCCUGUGUGGUAAGUCGACUGAGAAGUAUUGUGAGCUCUAGCUCUCUCUCUUUCGCGGCUGCUCGCCGUAGAUUUCCCCCUAGGCUUUUCCCCCAGCCUUCUCAUAUUUUUUUCCGAUAUUCCCGUCUAUUUCUCCUUUUAAUUUGAGGGAAAAAGUGGCUCGGCGUCGCUCCGAUCGUGAAGUACACGGCGCUGUCCUUUUUCGCGGAUAGAUUCCUCCCAUGUCUGCCCAGGUACUACUCGUUUCAUUCCGAUAACAAUUUUUCAGGAUACGAGGUUGUGAUGUUGGCGGUGCCGUGUUUCUUCAUGUGCGGUGCAUGUCGCUGUGAUUCCCUGUGGUUACUCAUAGAUACCUGGUUAACUGUCCAGUUUAUUACCCUUAUAUGUCCUGGAACACAGGAAUGUUCUAAACCGUGAUGCGGAUACAAGUUGUCGGAAUCUUUAAUCCAUUUCUCUCUAGUCACAUUGAAGAAGCAUCUUCUUCUUCUUUUUUAAAUGCCGUUGUAAUCGAUAUAAAUAUGGCCUUAUGAUGUUGGAACGCAGUUUAAAUUCAAAUGUUCGAAUUUUUUGACACAAAAAAUUCUAGGUGUUAUGGAAUGGAGAGGUAGUUAGAUAGUCUUUUGUAAUAUAAAACUAUACUCCUCCGUAGUUGGUAUCUUAUUUGGAUUUUGGAACGAGUGAUUGUCUUAUUCUUAGCACCAAUCAGAAUAAACAUUUAUAGUUAAAUCUAACGAGACAAAUUUAAAAUAUCCGGAUGGUAUCAUCAAGUUUGCUAACGUCCUAGAUGAAAACAAUGCAUCUAUGCAAGGUGGAUGCGAUGAUCUUCCCUUUAUCCCUCUUCACCCUUCGGCUUUAUCCAGUCCAGGCUGUUCCAAUACUCAUGUCCUCUUCUGAUCAGUGCUCCCUCUGUACUCCGACAAUCACCCCACCUGCCAACCUUUGUUCUCCGGUUGCUGAGUACAUCUCGUAUUACCCACUAAUCUUGUUGUCAAACUCCUAGAUAUUUUCAUUAAGGUUGAGCAUGAAUCUGGUAGGCUGAUGAGGUUGUUCAAUGAGAUCACAUCCGUGGUUAAUUAUCUAUGAGAUUUUUCUUUUUUUAAGUAUGAGGCCGUGAUAUUAUCUUCAAUGUCAAUGUGAGAUAUUUCUUUGAGGUCUGAAGUUAUAACAUUGGUUCAAAUCAAUAUCAUAGGUUAUCAUAUUACUAAAAAAUAUUUAGAUGGCUAUUUUUGUAAUAUUUUGUAUGUUAACAUAUUCAGAUUUAGGGCAUGAAUCUUAGAUUUCAGAUGUUAGGUAUCAGCGUCAUCGAAAGGUUUCCUGUUUCCGCAGAAUUUAGACUUUCACGUCCAUGAUAUGAAGUAUGUUGAAUGUUGAUUCUUCAAAUUUUGGUCAAAAACCAGGAUUUCACGAGAGAAUUCUGCUCAGAAUUGGCUUUUGCAUCCCUUAACAGAGAGCAAGUUGCAGAUUUUCAUUCUCAUUUCAUUAUGGAUAUCAAGUAAGGUAAAGCUCUUUCUACUGUACCGUAGAAUUAGAUUGUGAUGGUUGAUGGUCUAAUGCAUUUUCUUGCCUUAUACACUCUGAAGUUACAUGAUACAUACCCUAUGUCCUCAAAAAUGUUGAAGUCCUUCGGGGAUAGGCACAUCAAGGAUCAGCAUUUCACCAUGCGGGAUUUUGUUGAGGCUGUGAGUUUUUUCCAUUUUUCAAUCAACUGUUGGUUCUAGCUCUUUCUCCUCGCCGUCUCAUAUUCUAUUAUAUCUCAAUGGAAUUUUCAAAUCUUCUGUGGUGAUAAUUUCUCUGAUUCCUAUUUCUCAGGAGAUUAUCUUUAUGGAGGUACGGAGCUUUAUGUGGACAAUUGCAUUUUUCUCAUAAUUUGAAGUCUGAUGUAGCCUCGACAACAACUUUCUCAGGUCUUGAAUUAUGAAAUUGGAGCAUCGAAUGUAACCUUCCUUUUCCUGGAAGAACUCUUGAUCCAAUUCAGGCAAUUUUAUGCAUGGACUUAUUUUCCCUGUUCAUUUGUGCUUGAUUAACUAAAGACGAGACAAUCAACUCAUGAACGAAGAUACACGGCCUUGUUUUAUAUUCUCAAGAGAAAAUUACUCGACACUUUGUCAUUGUCACUGUUUUAGAUUUAUUAUAAAAAUAACUUUUCUACGACAAAAUUACAAAAUCUGGUAAAAAUGGAGACUCGAGAGGCCUUCACAAUAGAUAACCAUUUCCGAUUGAUGCACUCAUGUCCUCUAUCGCCUAUCUGAAAGAGCUUUCAUGUUUCUAUAUGGAUAGGAUUUUGAUUCCUUCUUCCAUUGAUGGCCCAAGUUUCAGAUGACGAGCUUUCAUUGGGUUACUCUACCACACAUGCAUCAUAUAGACUACUUGAUUAAGAGUGCAAUCCAUUCGAAAGUUUCCCCAUAUUCUGUCUUACUCUGUCUAGCUUUUUUUUUUUUUUUUUUUUUUCUCCCCUGUAAAACUUCAGGGCUAUGUCGAAGAUCGGGGAGCUUGUCAGCUUCCAUGCAUGCAUGGAUAUCAUGGACCUUCUCUACGAAACAGAAGAAGCGGCGAGUCUUUAUGGCCAUUCUCGUCCUCUUGCCGCGUCUAUACUCGUAUGACCCCGAAACGACAACAAUCUCCACAGUAACUUGCAGCCACUACCAUUGUUUUCAUGUGACUUGUGCAGGUAACUUCAUAUAUUCUCACAGUUCCCAAACAGCGUUGGGAGUUUCCAUUGCUCCCAUGGGGUAAGCUACAUUACUUCAUCAGCCCACGAUCGAUUCCUUCUCUCUCUUUGCCGAAUUAUCUUGCCCAAUUUAUUUAUUUUUAAUUUAUUAGUUUGCUGAUCUGUGGGCCCUGUGGGGCUUUAAUCAAAUGGCAUGGUGUAAACUAGAUUUGAUUUCUCCUAUUUUUUCCCAUGAAAUUUCUCACUGCAGUGAAGUUCGCCGCAUCACAUGAAGAAGAACACGUCGAGCAACUUGUCAGGAAAGUUCUUGAACAUAUACUGGUUCCGACGACGACAUCUACAAUGAGCCCAGGAUACGUAGAGCCAUCUUGCCAGGUAACAAAAGACUAA